CUGCUAACUGGUUACCAGCCGCUAUUAUACCGCUCGGCUGCUAAUCAUGCUACUUCAGUACUAACGUAAACCUUGGAUGAAAACGGUGCUUGGGGGGCUUUAUUUAGUUUGUAAAUCGCGUCGUUGGAGUUACCGUGUGUAUCCGCCGCCGUGCUAGCUAGCUUGUAAUGUUAUUAGAGCGGCUACACGUAAAACCGCCACGACUCUUUUCUGCACGAUGCAGUUAACAGCGAAACUAGCGGAGGUAACGCUAGCUAACUUGGCUAACUAGUCGAGGAGAUUUUGUUCAGUUAGCGCGUAAUGGACUUGUUGGCUCAGGGCGUGUGUGAGAUAACAUUUUAAUCCAAGCUGUGCAACAGCCUGCGGGCUGGAGUUUGAAGCGUUAAUGUUUUAUAUUUAGCCGCCGCGGCUAACGGUAAGUUAGUUGCUGCUACGGUUAGCCUGCUAAAUCGGUAUGCUAGGUCAACUAAGGUUUGCCUGGAAGUUGAGCCAUGCUAACGUGUAGCCCCGCUCGCAGAAGCCUGGUUGUUUUGGUUAAACGUGUGAGCGGAGUGUUUUUUUCAUGGACCUGAGAGUUGUGCCGCUAACCAACCCGCCGUAAACCACUGGUAACUUAACCGGCGGCACGUGCUCGCCAGUUUAAACGGCAUCCUCGUGCUUGCAACUUUUUUUUUUUUUUUUUAUCUGCGCCGAAGCUCGCGGCAGCUGAUGAGCCGGGAUGGUGCGAUCUGAGCGGAUCUCAUUGGUGCCGACAAUCUGCUGCAGAGGAGAGCGCACCAGGAUGAGGAGACUGUAGGCACCGCCGUAGUAUGGCCGCGUCCCGUUCCUCGCGUGUCACAAGGUCAUCAGUGGGGCUCAAUGGAUUGGAUGAGAACUUUUGUGGUCGAACUCUCAGAAACCGUAGCAUCGCCCAGCCUGAGGAGACUCCGGCGUCACCUCUUCCCCGGGCCCGAUCACCCAAGAAGAAGCAGGAGUCGAAGCAGGAGUCGAAGCACGACGCCAAGCAAGAGUCGAAGCACGACGCCAAGCAAGAGGCAAAGCAGGGCACAAAGCAGGAGUCCAAGCAGGACUCGAAGCAGCAGGACGUCAAGCAGGAAUCAAAACAGCAGGAGUCCAAGCAGGAGUCCAAGCAGCAGGACUCGAAACAGGACACGAAGGUCGCCAAUCAGGACUCGAAGCAGGAGGCCAGCAGCGAGUCGAAACAGGAGUCUAAGCAGGACGCUAAACAGAAUACGCAGCAGGAUGAAAAGCAGAACACUCACUCACAGGUCGGCUCACAGCAGAGCACGUUACAUGAAAAUGUACUGGACACUAACGCUGCUGCAAGCGAGGCUGAACAAUGGACUGGCUCCAGGAAGCGGGGCGUGUCCUGUAUAGAGAGGGACGUCAGCCCAGAAAAGUCAGAGAACUGUGAUAAAGGGAAGAGGGCACAAGAUGCUUUUCCUCAAAUUAAAAGGGCCAAACGCUGCUCCCGCUCUGGAGAGUCUCAGGGACAGGAGGAGGACCCCGAGAGUCUGAAACCUGAAAGUCCAGUCUCUUUACCAGAGCCCAGUAAGGAAAACAGUUGUGAAGAACUACCCAGCCAAAACUCUGCCAACACAGACCCUGCCUCGCCUGUCCUCGGUAAGCAGGCGGGCGAGCUGCCGGGGAGGACGGCGGAGGAUGGGCGUCUGGAGUGCGACGGGCCAGCAAAGCCCCCGAACGAUCACAAGGCCUCUAAUGGACUCAGAGAAAACAAAGCAGAUGAGUCUGACACGCUCGCUGAAGAGCCUCGUGCAAAUCCCGCUUCUGCCACAAACUGCCCGUCGCUGCUCAACGGCAGUCAGACGGGGGCGCCCUCGUUCCCCGACCCCGCCGUGCCUUGUAGAAACUCUGACCCGGGGCAGAUGGAGGUCUCUGGCUCAGAAGUAUUGCCAGCCUCCUCUGUACCUACAUGUGAGGGUGCUCCGGUGGAUCCUGUCCCCGAGUUGAUGGUGGCGAAGGAACAGGAGGCGGAGGAGAUGGAGGUGGACGUGGUCGGCGAUCCGUUGUGCUUGGCUCACGAGGAGCAGGUGACGGAGAGCCCGAAAGACGCCAAUGGCCGAACUCCAACGCCGGUGCAGGAAGCUGCUGCCGCCUCCGCCUCCUCCUCCUCCGCCUCCUCCUUCACCAUCAACAUGAACAGUAGUCCAAUCAACAACAACAGCAACUCAGGAGAAACUACACCCCCUCUAACAAAAUCCCCCUCCCCCACAGAGCCAGGGUGCAACCCCUCAAUACCCAACAUGUCCCCCUCUUUCACAGAACUCUAUGAACAUAGAUACACCUUGCGGACCUCACCCAGGAGGGCUGUGUCUGGCGGCAAAGCCUCCUCCUCCUCCUCUUCCUCCUCCUCCAAGCCCUGCUCCCCCCCCAGAGACAACGGCCCCCUGAAGGAGGAGGGGGAGGUGGUGGGGGUGCUGCAGGAGGACUGCCCCGCCGGGGAGGACCCUGCACCCUCAGACUUUGUUGGCCCCUCCAGCGAGGAGCCGGUUUCCGUUAACCCUGGAGAGCGGGCGGCCGGGGAGGACGGCGGCUCCGUGGAGGGCAGAGAAGCAGAGGGCAACCAGAAGCUGACGCAGAGCCGGGCUGCUGAGGAGGAGGAGGAGGAGGAAGAGGAGGAGCCUGACGUGUAUUACUUUGAGUCGGACCACCUGGCUCUAAAACACAACAAAGAUUAUCAGAGGCUGCUGCAGACCAUCGGCGUUCUGGAGGCCCAGCGCACACAGGCCAUCCUGGACCUGGAGACACUGGCACGUCACCAGAGAGAGGCGCUCUCUGAUCCCAUCGGCUUCGUGGAGCAGCUGCAAAAACAGGUGAAUCUGGGCUUGCCGUGUCCUCAGCGUGUGGUCCAGCUCCCGGACGUGGCCUGGGAGCAGUACACCUCGGGCCUCGGCGACUUUGAGAGGGAGUUCUGCGACAAGAAGCGCAAGACCCGUCGAUUGAAGUUGAUCUUCGACAAAGAAGCCCCAGAGAGACUCCUUUGCCAUUCCACUUCAGGUUUGCCUGUUAGACCAAAAAGUCCCCUCGAGCCCAAAAAGGAAGCGGAGGCCUCCACGGUGUACUCGUCUUUACCCACCAGCGACGCCCCGGAGAACGGCCGACAGACACAGAUGAUCAGGGGGAGGAUUUGUCACCCAAACAAGCCUGACACAUUUAACCAGCUGUGGACCGUGGAAGAGCAGAGGAAGCUGGAGCAGCUACUCGUCAAGUUUCCGCCUGAGGAAGUCGAGUCGAGAAGAUGGCAGAAGAUUGCCGACGAGCUGGGAAACCGAACAGCGAAACAGGUUGCCAGUAGAGUUCAAAAGUAUUUCAUCAAACUGACUAAAGCUGGCAUCCCCGUGCCUGGAAGAACACCCAACCUCUGCAUGUACACUAAAAAGGCGUCCAGUAAGAGGCAGCACCACCUCAACAAACACCUGUACCGCCCCUCCACCUUCCUCACGUCGUACGAGCCCCCGGUCUACAUGGACGAGGACGACGAGCGCGCCGCGUACUUCAACAGCGCGCAGGACCCCUCUGCGGACGAGUCGGACGAGGAGAGCAUUCCCCCGGAGCUCCGGAAUCUGCCGGAGUACAAAGAGCUGCUGGAGCUGAAGCGGUUGAAGAAACACAAGCUCCAGGAGAUCCAGGAGGACAAGGCGGCGGUGCGGCACGUCGGCUUCAAGUGUGACGUCUGCGGCAUGGAGCCCAUCCAGGGAGUCCGGUGGCACUGUCAGGACUGUCCGCCCAACAACUCGGUGGAUUUCUGCUCCAGCUGCUCCGACUGCCUGUUCAAGACGGAGACCCACAAGCCGAGCCACCAGCUGGAGCCGGUGCAGCAGGCCGAGCCCUUCCUGGACAGAGACUACUGCCUGCCUCAGAGCGCAGGCUACAACUACCUGGACCCCAACUACUUCCCCGCCAACAGAUGACAGGGCCGGCGGCGCCCCUAGCUCCAGGCUCUGUCCACCUGUCCCACAGGCCACUCUGUGCAUGGCUCCAUCCUCCAAGUCCAAGAUAACCGCUUAACCCGCCGCCGCCGCCGGGCAGGACGGCCAGCAGCGGGCGCCGCGCCGCUGCUGGGGUGGGGGCGCCGUCGGUCUCCCACCUCCCCGACCGGAGCGAGAGAGCGGCCCCCGAGGGAGGGGAGGGGGCGCCCACUCCACCUCAGCCAGGUUACUGAACGGACACGCGAUUAGAAACGACGCGCUGUUUUUAAAACGACAGAAACAAAACGAAACCCAGAAGGCACACGACAUUCCUGAGCUCUGUGACUCCAGGAGGGCUGUCCCACGUCUCUCCACCCCCCCCUCCACCCUGCGCCGCUCCCCAGGCGGAGAGGCGUGUUGUUAACCAGCGUGAAGCAGUGGACUGAGGAACGCCGCUGGUCUGUAAGUGUGUAUGUGGUCUCCGUGUUAUGCAAGAGUGGCAAAAAAAAAAGAAAAAAAAAAUGUCCUAGCUAGGUAUCCGUAGAUCGAGUAUUUAUGAGUCGCAGCGUCCAGCUGGGGGCGCUGCGGGCGGAGUCCGGGUGGAGAACACAGUGAGCACCGUGUGGUAGCAUGGAGCCACUCCCACACACACACACACCGUCACACAACGCUGCUCUACCCAUUCACCUCUCUCUCUCUCUCACUCACACACACACACACACACACUCACACACACACUCGCUCAUCUCCAUUUCCUUUCCCUUUGCUCUCUCCACUAAAACAUGUCUAACAAUGAAGCACUACAGCCGGAGAGCUUCCCCACGGAAGAAAACACACAAGACUCUCUUCUUCUUUUGUUUUGUUUUUUUUUUUUGUUUAAUUUUUUUAUUUUCUUUUUCCUCCCCCGAUGUGUGCCGUUGUUGAUCAUGUUGAGUGUACAAGUAUAUGGUGAAAAGUGAAAAAAGUAGCCAGCGAUAGUUGCUGUGUGCCAUUAAAUGAAUAAAAAAAAUGUUUAAAAAAAAGGAAAAAAAAAAAUCCAGUUUUUGGGGAGGGGGGGAGGGACCCCCGGGCGUGGCCGUUCAUCCGUCAGUCUCCGCGCCUCUAGCUCUUUCAUUUCGCAGCCCACUUUGAAAAGUUCCAGUCAAAAGAUUGUAUUUUUAUUAAUCUAUUUAAAA